CCACUGUAACUCUCCCACUCCACCCAUAUCCCUCCACUCUCCCUACAUCUCUCCUACAAUCUUAAUCCCAUCAAAAUUCUCUCUAACCAUAAUUACUUCUCUUAUUUAUCACAUUAACUCCCCAAAUAUAUAUCUCCCUCUUCCUCCUCCCUAUUCUCCACGAUUUUCCCUCGGAGUUGUAAUCGUUUGACGUUCCCGUUCGUGUAUUUUUGGGCUUGAUUCGACGGAAGAUAGGUAGGAUUUUUAAAGCCUAACUUUUAUUAGGGUUUACUGCCUAGAUUUUAUUUUUGUAUUCGAAACAGUGAUAAUAAAAUGUAAGAGAUGGAAAAUCUGCAGAAAAAGUUGGGAGUCAAACCGGUAGAGUAAUGAUUGAGUAAAACGUGAUUAAAUAACAAAAACGUAUUUUAUUGCGCACAACAUUCUGGUCGGAGAAGUUGUCCCCAUUCUGUGCAGAUUCAAGGGAAGUGUAUAACACAAAAGUUGUUGAUCUUAAAAUUAAGCAACAUUGAUAUAAAGUUUAUAAAAAUCCGAGUUCUGUAGAAUUAGUUAUGAAUUUUUGAAGUUUCUGUCUCAGUGCAGUUUCGAGACAGAUUGGCAAAACAAUUUUAAACCCGUUUCUACCAAGUUUCUAAGUCAAUUUCAAACCCAUUUUUACCCAAUUUCCUCCCUAAGUCAGUUUCUAAAUCUCUGGAUAAAAUCAAUAGAGAUUUCCUCUGGGGUUCUUCCAAUGACGAAAGAAAAAUCCAUGCGGUGAAAUGGGAUGACAUGGCCAAACCAAAAGGCAUGGGUGGACUGGGCAUUAGGAAAACAGGAGUUGUCAAUCUUGUUUCCAUGACUUGGAAAUGAAAAAGAGGCUCUGUGGGCUAAGGUUUUGCUAGGAAAAUACAAGAAGGGAGGUAGGAAACAUCACAAACCUUCUUACAUUUGGAGGAGUUUACUCACGGGUAGUCAAACUCUCAAAGAAGGCUCGAAAAUUUUAAUCAAAAGCGGUCUUGACACGUCACUUUUUGAGGACGAUUGGGUAGGGUGCAGCCCUCUUCGUAAUAUUGUUGAAGGUCCUCUCCUCCCUCAGGAAUAGGUCCUCAAGGUGCGGGAUUUGUCUGCUAAGAACAGAAGCCCAUCCAAUUCAUCCGAAAACCCAAAAUCCAGACACCGUCCAAGUUACUAAAUACAUCACCAACCCUGCCACACCCGGAUUACCUCUUGAAGUGUCAUCUACAUGAACUUAAACCACAUCAACUCUAGGAGGAUUCUACUUGAUGGCAGCACUUUAAUAGAUCAGCUUGAGAGUCCGUACUUCUACCACUAUAUUAACUCGAUAGGAGAUAAUGGCAAUCUGAGUUUGCUGGGUACAAAAUUUUUUUGGUCUGUGGAGUUGUUGAUUUCGCCAUUGCCAGAAAGAAAAUAUAGUGGCCAAGUACAAUUUUUCCCACUGAACAUCAAGCAUCCAAUAACCAGCCUGAACCCUCACCUUCCAUUUCAUUCAGUCCAAGAUAAACAAUUGCCAAUCCGCUUUACAAGGCUUCUCUAAAUGUUUGCUAUUCGAAGGCAGUCUUUUACUGCAUGGGGUGUAGAUAUAUAAGCAUCAAAAUAUUACAAGAUGCAUCUGUUGCUACUCACCUUGAAAAGGCUAGUCAUCAGGCGGCAUGGUUUUUUAGCCGAAGGAGGGAUAUCCGUCUUGGCAGACUAUGUUUUCUCUGUUAAACGAGAACAAUGCUCAUUGCUAGAUUUUUUGAACUUCAGUCAUGCAUAUUGUGUACUUAUGUGCUGAUUGAAUGAUCUUCAUAUUUUUUCCUUUUGCUGAUUUUGUUUUAUCUGGUCUUCGGGAAACCCAAACACACAGUCUCUCUCUCUCUCUCUCUCUCUUUCUCUGAGAUAAUUUGUUGGCUUGGGAAUGCAGGCUCGAAAGCUGAAUAGAGAUAUAUCUGAGACCUUAUACUACCAUGCUCUAGAAGCUUCUUCUGAGUUGGCUGCAAAAGAAGGCCUGUAUGAAACAUAUAGCGGAAGUCUUGUGAGCAAGUUGCCAGAGCUUGUGAAUAUGGAGGGCCACAGUCGUUGGAUAAGCUUAGUGACAGAGUUCGCAUUGAAGUCCCUACAGUCGUGGCAGUGGGAAAGUAGCUGGGUGUACUACCUUCUUGGGCAAUGGUCUAGAUUGGUGACGUAUGUACCGUACUGAAGGGCAACUCAACAAACCUGCUAAAUGAGUUUGUGCCUAAGAUCAUGGGACAUUUUAUCUCAUCAAAGGUUGACUCUAUUCAGGUUAGAUUAGAGUUAUCUUUUUAUCUUAUGAUUCAUUAAUUCAACUGUUCAGAAGGUUCUACGUUGUUCAUUGUUAUAUCAUUUGGUUAGUUGCGGGCUGGUUUUAUCUGAUGAUCUCUCAGAGGACCCACUUGACAAUGUUGAAUUCCUUCAGGAUCAGCUUGAAUGCAUCCCUUAUCUUUGCAGAUUUCAGGAAGCAGCAGCCCUCCCGGCCCAUGCAGAUAAUAGCGAACUUCUUGUCGUCGAAGCCAAGCUUGGUGCCAUUCUUAAUUUAAGGCAGCUUAGUGGAUUAACUUCGGAAAAUGAGGCAGAACUUUCAGCACAUGUUUUGCGCUUGAUAAAUGUCAUUGAUUGUGGAUUACACAGUCAGAGAUAUGGCGAAGUAACCAAGCAAAAACUUGAUCGUGCUGUUCUGAUCUUCUUCCAGCAUUUUAGAAAGUCUUGUAUAGGAGAUCAGGCGAUGCAUUCUUCUAAGCUCGUGGCUUACUUUGCAUUCCUGGAGGUCCUUUUGAACAGCCAUAUCGCUUUUGUUUUGAAUCUGGAUACUACCAGUUUUAGAUAUUUUUUUGGAUCUCUUGAAUCAGGCCUUGGAGGACUUGAUGCAAAUAUCUUGUCACAGUGUGCAUUUGCUGUUGAUAAUUUGGCUAAACCUGCUGCACCCAAUCUUACCCCACGUGUUUCAGAUUGCCUUGAUGUCAUCCCUAAUGGGAAAACCCCCAGAACUUCUUGUCGCACUUCAAGAAAAACACAAUUUCGACUUUUUCAAGCUUUUUUCUUCUUGUCCAUGUUCUUGGGUGCAACUCCUGCAGCAAGCCAAUCACUCUAUCUUGGUUAUGCUGUGGUAUUUGGGUGGAUACCAAGCUUUUGCCAAACAAGUGUUCGUCCCUGCAAGCCCCAUAUGUAUUCAGCACAGUUUACUAUGCACGGGGUAUGGGGGUUAGAUUCCCGUGGGAUUUCAAUCCAAUCCCCUUGCAGUGGUCCUGGACCAGCAUACUCAAGUCCAAGUCUCAAAUAUGUUAGUCAACUUAAUCAGUACUGGCCAUCCCUAAAUGGGGAAGAUGGAUACUUGUGGAAGAAGGAGUGGGAUCAUCAUGGGAGAUGUUGCUUUUUAAGCACGGAAACCUACCUAAUUUUUGGGGUCACAGCCACAGUGGCUCUCACAAAUAAGUUUAUGCCUCUUACAAUCUCGGCUACAUUGGUGUCCAAUCAAAUAUAUCCCGGUGGAUAUGUGAAUUCCUCCGUUAUGUCAACCAUCCUCUCCCAAGUAGUUGGCGGAUUUAUUGUUACAAUAAGGUGUGAAACCUUUAACAGAGGGUCAAGGGCGAUAGUUUUUUGUAUCGAUGGGCAUGGAGCUUCACUCAUAAAUUGCUGCCGUAAUGUGGAGUUGAAUUGUGGUCGUAGUCUUGUGUAUUUUCCUCUCCCUCCAACUCCUCCUCCUCCUCCUCAUUCUCCACCUCCACCUUCCCCCCCUCCUCCUUCUCCUCCUCCUCCUUCUCCACCUUCCCCUCCCUCCUCCUUCUCCUUCUCCACCUUCCCCUCCUCCUCCUUCUCCACCUUCCCCCCCUCCUUCUCCUUCUCCUCCUCCUCCUCCUCCUCUUCCCGUUCCUCCCAUUUUUCGUCCUCCCGUUUCUCGUCCUGUUCUGCUCGGUAGUAUUUUGUUUUUCAUUUUUGUUGCAGUGCUCGCAUUAAUUUUUUUUUAUAGGAAUCGCCAAUUAGGUUUAGGUUUACUCAAUGAGUUCCUUGGGCUAGGGUUGUUGCCUUACCGGGUUGCCAGGACUUUCACCAGGAGCUUCCAUUAUAGAGGGAGGAGUCCAAUGGGUAUCACCGAGGAUGGGAGUGGGAGCAGUGGAGAAACCACACCUAUUAGAAAAAGUCGGUGAAGUAGCUUGGGGACGGCGGCAUGGUGGAUCAUUGCUUUUGUCGAUUUCAGCUUGAGCAUGAUAUAUUGGAGUACGUUGGACGUGAGAAGCUUAAAGAUGAUGGCUUUAAUUUGUCAGACUGGCUCCAAUCUCUUAAUUCAUUUUGGGGACACUUGUAUGCACUCUUUCUUUUUGUGUACAUUGUACUGGUGCGUUCAGUUUGUGAUACCCCCAUGAUACUUGCAAGUAUACAUCCCCUGUCAAUUUGCUCUACUAUAAAGCUUAGACACAGUUGCAAAGUUGAAGAUUGAAUGUCCAUCCUGGAUAGUUUACGUUGUUGUUGAA